AUGACAGUCAUAUGUACUGUAGGCCCGGCUAGGCCCAACUCCAGCCCAGGGUCAGAGGGUGCGAGCUCCGCCGCCGCCUUGGGCGUUGGACUCGAGCUCCCUCGGACUCAGUCCCUGAACUCUGGAAUUGAGAGGCCGUCGGAUAUAUUGAGACUCUUCACAUCUACUCUGAUGAUAUCAAAGAACGUCCCUCUGCAUCACGUGAUUUCGCUCAGUUCAUCUAUUGAGACUCUUUACAUCGACUCUAAAGAUUUCGGAGAACGUCCCUCAGCAUCACGUGAUCUCGCUCAGUUCAUCUGUAAGAUGUCUCAUCUGAAGGACCUGACACUCGACGGACAGUAUCACGAUGACUUCUACUCAACAAUUGAGACUCUUGGGAUCUACUCUAAAUAUCUCAAUAAACGUCCCUCUACAUCACGUGAUCUGGCUCAGUUCAUCUGUAAGAUGACUCAUCUGAAGGACCUGACACUCGCCGGUCAGUAUCACGAUGACUUCUACUCAACAUCGUCAUCGAUGGCAUUAUGCGCAAAGAUUGAGACUCUUGAGAUCUACUCUGCUGAUCUCAACGAACGUCUUUUUGCAUCACGUGAUCUGGCUCAGUUCAUCUGUAAGAUGACUCAUCUGAAGGACCUGACACUCAACGGUCAGUAUCACGAUGACUUCUACUCAGCAUCGUCAUCGAAGGCAUCAUCUGCAAAGAGUUGUAACACGAGCCCCACCCUGACUGAGCUGACAGUGGAUCAUGACACACUAAAAGGAUGGCAGGGUUGUUGUUCGAUGUUUGACAAUGUGAAGAGGGUCACUAUACAGGUAUGGAGCACGAUCAACUGUAACGUCAUCCAGAGGAUCCAUCUACCAGGAGCAACAGAACUCACCUUUCAACCACAAAAGUAUGCAGGUCGACCGGCUGGUUUCCACAAGGAGCCCACUUCACUAUCCAAUGUCCUGCUGAAUAUCUCCCCUCAGCUUGUCAAGGUGACAUUCAGCAAACUGAAUAUUGGCAACAGUAAGAUGGAACUAAUCUUACAAGCUUUCAGAUCACCUCACCACCUCAAACAUCUGAAAAUCAUCAGAUUCAUACGAUGCGGGUCAGAUGAGGGCGUGGAUGAUGUCAUUAUCGCUUGCAAUAAAGAUCAGGUCAUGGAGGUGGAGGUGGAGCAUGGCAAACCGCGUGGAUAUUAACUUUAUUAGUAAUCAUAUAGAUGGCACCACACUCGAUCUGACGAAUCAGACGGAGCAGACAAUCUUUGCACUCGAACAGGAAAUGGACUGAAAUGAAAAGUGCCUCAAACACAUCAUCAGAUUUUUUUCCUUUGGCAAUUUUCAUGCAAUCGACUUUAAUAUUCAUCCACUGAAUCACGUUGACAUUCAUAUGAUUUAGACGUAUGUGUAAUAUAUGCUUUACAUCGGUAUUGCAGCUCUUGUUAAUUUGUUUAAGAAAUUGUGAUUUGGACUUCCCUUCAAAAUGUCACUCUCAGUGUUCAUUCAUUUAUUAUACACAGGCAAUAUACUUUAAAGGGUGUUAGGCCUACGUGGAUUAACACGGUGAAAAUCUCAAAACUUGUCAAAGGGCCAAAAUGUUGUAAAAUAUCAUUGUUAUUGUUUUUUUUAAAUACAGUAAUAUUUCUUUUCGAAUUUGAAUUGUUCAACUGGCAGUGCUUUACACGCCAUAUUUGCUAUGUAGGUUUCAAACAAGCGCAGGAGUUUUAGGGUAAACCUUUUGAGUAGUAUCCACAGAUAGGAAAUGAAGGAAUGUAUCUAGUCAUGUAGGCCUAUAUCGCCCUUCCAAAAAGGCCAAAUGAAGACCCUUUUAAUUCACAAAUAAAGCAAUCUAUAUUUGUUUUAUCUAAUAUCUCUUGUAUAUGAACUGUUGCAUGUAUCACAUAAAAGGUGUCUUAUGAUUUAUGAUUUUCAUUUUGAAAGGG